UCGUUAACUUCUCUUUCUUUCCUUGUUCUUAGAUAGAUCAUGCAUAUGAGUUGUAAAGGCAUUCUAGGGUUGAACGGGGAAAUUAAUAGUGUUGCAUUUUCUUUUAUUUUGUUAAUUUCUCAUAAGUGCUUUUUCUGUUAUGGAAUUUCUGUGACCCUUUGGAUAGCACUUCAUCAAUUUGUGUUGCUUCAUGAGUUGAUGGGUCAAUCUCCAGUUUUGAGUGAGAAAUUUGUGUGACCUGCAUGAAAAGCUUGAAUCUUAAGGUCAAUUGGGAGUGUCUUGAAUGAUGUGCUGAAUAAAUGAGCAGAAAAUCUCGAAGAGUUUCAGAUUUUUUGCUGGGAUUUUUCUUCUCGUUUGCCAAAGUGAGCUUCUUAGUUGAAUCACUCAAAAACCUUGGUGGGUUUUGCAGUGGCACAAAAAUGGUGGAAGAGAAGUCUAUGAUAGCAAAAGAUGUCACCGAAUUAAUUGGUAAGACCCCUCUGGUGUACCUCAACCAUGUCACUGACUGUUGUGUUGCCCGAAUUGCUGCCAAGCUAGAAAUGAUGGAGCCAUGCUCCAGUGUGAAAGACAGGAUUGGGUACAGUAUGAUUGUAGAUGCAGAGGAGAAGGGCCUUAUUCGGCCGGGGCAGAGUGUUUUGGUCGAGACAACUAGUGGAAAUACUGGGAUCGGUCUGGCAUUUAUUGCAGCUGUGAAGGGUUACAAACUUAUAAUAACAAUGCCUGCUUCAAUGAGCCUUGAAAGAAGAAUCAUCCUCCGUGCAUUUGGAGCUGAGCUGGUCCUGACUGAUCCAGCCAAAGGCGCGCAAGGUUCCAUUCAGAAGGCGGAAGAGAUAGCAGCGAAGACUCCAAAUGCAUACGUUCUUCAGCAGUUUGAAAACCCUGCCAAUCCCAAGAUUCAUUAUGAGACCACCGGACCAGAAAUAUGGAAAAGCUCAGGUGGGAAAGUCGAUGCCCUUGUUUCUGGAAUUGGAACCGGGGGUACAGUAACUGGAGCUGGUAAGUAUCUCAAGGAACGAAACCCCACUAUUAAGCUCUACGGGGUAGAACCAGUGGAGAGUGCAGUUUUGUCUGGAGGGAAACCUGGCCCUCAUAAGAUUCAAGGUAUUGGUGCUGGUAUAAUCCCCAGAGUUUUGGACAUGGAUUUACUCGAUGAAAUAAUCCAGAUAUCAAGCGAUGAAGCUAUUGAAACGGCAAAGCAGCUCACAUUGAAGGAAGGCUUGCUGGUAGGAAUAUCAUCCGGAGCAGCAACAGCUGCAGCAAUUAAGAUAGCGAGAAGGCCAGAAAAUGCUGGGAAACUCUUCGUGGUGAUCUUCCCCAGCGGUGGAGAACGUUACUUGUCGUCUGUGCUAUUCGAGUCCGUGAAGCAAGAGGUCGAGAAUAUGGUUUUUGAGCACUAGAAAGGCUUGUUCUGCUUGGCUGUAUCAUUGUAAGCUGUCGAAGCUGGCCGCGGAGCUAGAGACUGUACUUUGUGAAGAGGGGAAAAAGGAGUUUCAAAUUUACUUUCCCAUUAUACUUCUUCAUAAUUUGAAACAGAGUCUUUACCUAAUCUGAGUGAUUCGGAACAAUCUUUCUAGCAGAAUGCCGCUUCUCGUGCUUGGAAUUUUGCAUAACUUGGCUUAUAAUGUGCCUUCUCAACCAUAUCAUCAAUGGAUGAAAUACGGCAAUAUGUGUAAUUCUUUUU